GUAUGCUAUGACUUGUAUAAAUGCUUUAUGACUUUUGUAUUUUUAAUAGCACGUGGAUUGUGGGAAUCUAGGUAUAGCUGUUGCCAGUCGGAUUCAAAUGUGACAGGUUGUUGUGUAGCAGACUGUCACGUCACUGAAAUGGCACCAAAAUCAGUGCUGGAAGCAUUUCAGGAAGCACCGCCACCACUGGGACCACAAGACAAGCGAAGCAGAAAAGUCUAUGCUUUUGAUUGUGAAAUGGUGUAUACAACAUGGGGUACUAGUUUAGCGCGCAUAUCAGUAGUCGAUAUAAACUAUGAUUUAGUUAUGGAUAUUAUUGUACGUCCACAGCAUAAAGUUCGCGACUGUAAUACAAGGUUUAGCGGUUUGACAAUGGAUCAGAUUGAAAGAGCAGAACUUGGUCUGGAGCAAGCUCAGAAAAUGUUUUUUGAGCUGAUUAAUUCGGAAACAAUUCUUAUUGGACAUAGCGUUGAAAGUGACCUCAAAGCAAUGCGUCUAGUACAUCAUAAAGUCGUGGAUACAUCUAUUGUUUUUCCCCAUAGGUUGGGACCGCCCUACAAACGUGCUUUGAAAACAAUUGCGUCUGAAUUUUUGCAGCUGAUUAUUCAAGAAGAUGUUGAUGGUCAUGAUUCAAAAGAGGAUGCAAGCACGUGUAUGCGAUUAAUGGUACAUAAGGUUGUGCAUGACUAA